AAAGUGUGAAUACCACCAGAUCAUGUGGUCCCAUCCAAAUAACGCCCCUUACUAUGGUCUCUGCGGCUUCUUCGAAGGUGAUAACAACGUAGACAAUGACCUGACUUUACGAACGAACGACACAUUACCUUUGAACGUGUACAUGGUUCCUUCGUUUGGUUACUCGUGGUUGACCGAUGACCAAGAGAAUCCUGUUUGUCCAGGUGCCAAGCCAAGUAAAAAGCAGAGUCCAAGUUUAUGUCUGCAAAACGAUGAUAAAAAGGAAGAACAUGGUGGGAAUUGUACCAAUGCAAUCAACUCAGUGAAGGUUAACGAUGUGUCCAUAUCAGAAGCACAUUUCCAAAUUAUAUUAGAUGCGUGUAUCUACGACUUGUGUUUGAUUAGCCAGAGCACAGGAGACGAUCAAGACAAAUUAUCUGAAUGGUUAGAAGGGCCAGUAAAAGCAUACACAGAGAGGAUCAUUUAUUUGGAAUUGACCUCAUUGGGAUGUGAAUUUGAUGGGCAGAAUUACUUACAGGGAGAUAUAAGGGAAGAAUCUUGUUAUUUCUAUAGGUGUCAUCAUGGCCAAUGGAAAAACACAGAAAUAAAAGUUCCUUCAUGCUGUUCAAGUGGGGGCGAGGAUUAUGAAAAUGGGGAAGAGGCUGCCAUAGAUUGCCAAAUUAAGGUUUGCCGGUGCGGCUCGUGGCAAGACACAGAUAAAAUGGACCCAACUUGUGAGUAUAGAGCGUGUUAAGUCACUGGGAUGUUC